AUGGUCCGAAGCCUGGUCUCGUACGUUGUGGGUCCGCAGCAAGAUCAUGGUGUGAGCGGUGCAGACAACGAAAGGCAAAGUGUGACAGACAAUUACCAGGCUGCGAACGAUGUGGUCGUGCGGGAGUCGAAUGCGAUUAUGCAGGGCGACGAAAGCCAGGAUUUCCAGCUGGUCACCGUCAAGAGCUUGAAGACAAGAUUCAUACUUGAGGCCGAAUUGAGAGCCCUUCGAGGCACCUCGGGAAGCAACGAGGCCAUUGUAUCACCAGCCCAACAUGAUCCAUCGCCCCCGUCUUCAACGCUACUCACCCAACAGAGUGCUCCUCCAACCUUUGAGCGCACUCGCCGGGUCAAAGAACGCCAUCCUCCGACUGACCUCGUCGUCUCUGUGACUUCCCUAUACUUCCGUCACAUCCAUCCUUGGUUUCCAUUCUUGGACGUACAACGCGUCUUCGCUGACCUCGGCUCCACCGAUGAGCCUUCAAUGCUUCACCAUGCCCUAUUCGGAGUAGGGCUACCCUAUUCGUUCGACUCCCGUCUAGACCAGAUCUCUAGCGACUCAUUCUGGAAAUACUCCAAGCGCCGGAUCUUCGUCGACGUUCUCGAAGAGCCAUCUUACAGCUCUCUUGAAGCCUUGACUGUCCUUAUCUUGGACCUUUCUAGCAUGACUCAUAGUGCACAGGUUUCUGGUCCUCUCGCUGUCGCGACAAGGCUGGCUCUCCAGUUGGCAAAUACAGAUGGUCUGAUGUUUAGAACGUCGGCGGAAGUUGAGACCCACGAGACUUUGAGCAAAAGGGACAUCGACUUCCGACAGCGAUUGUUCUGGGCCAUCUACGCCCUCGACUCCUGGAUUUCCAUCACAACCAAUUCCAUCUCAACUUUGAGCAACCUCCAAGUCCAGCACUUUCUACUGACCCGCGAGGCAGUCUGGAGAAAUAGUCUGCCUGACAUGGGAGAUAUGGAUUUGUCUCCUGCCUUCGUUUUUAGCUAUCAGUUGGAGCUCUUGGACCUGGCUCGAAUAGCUCAUAGAACCGUAAUGGAGCGUGGUGACCUCUGCAACAGCUACGAAACCACAUCCUCCUGGGAACAAGACGUAGAGGCAAUCUCUUCGAAGCUUGACGUCUGGAUUGACUCUUUGCCCCCUCAGCUUGCUUGGAAUGACCGAGACGCCUCUUUAAGUCCAGCCCCAACAAGGACUAGUAUCUCUCCUGAAAUUACUGUCGAGAGCCAUCAAAGGUCUCAGGAACGCUGUCUCCGUAGCUCUAGAGCCCUAGCAGAUAUUGUCACCUAUGCCGCUGUACACGUGGUUGAUAAGCUUGGGUGGCCUGUCGCAUGGUCUGUCUGGGUUGCUGCUCGCUUCUUGAUCUCGCGGAGGUAUACCUUGGACACAAGCGAUACAGGAGCAAGUACAAAAAUCACCGUCUUUUCGGAUUUCCUUGGUCGAAUGAGCCGCUUUUCUCAGAUCAGUUCCACCUAUGUUCGACUCCUCAGUCAAGCCCUUUCCGAGGUCGAAUCAGGCGAUGACGGGGGUCAAAGCACAAUUAUUCACCUUAUCUCCGAUUGGCGAGUUACUACUGCUCGUCUAGAGGACUAUCUUAGACCAGAUCCGAUGCUGCAUGCUGUUGUCAGUCCAAGUCUGGCCGGUGACAACUCGACCGGAGCAGAUAUGCAGACAUUUAACACUUUACUUCCCGUUUUUUAUGAUGAAGCUUGGAUGGAUAUCUCUCAAAACAGUCCGGAUAGUUGGUUCCGUGGUCCUUUGUUUGCCUCCUCCGCGUAUCAAAGUUUUAAUGAGGUUCGGCAGGAGUGA